CAAUGGUUCACUUUAUAAUAGAAUUACUCUAUAAUAGAGUGAAAUAUAGAUAGUUACUUGUGAUGACUAAUCAAGAAUUAAACUAUGUUUUGUCGUAAGUUAUUUGUAAAACUUGAAUAGGCAUACCAUGGCUCGCGUGUCAGUAGAUAAUGUUUGGCAAUUUCAUAUUUGAUUCUUUCUUGUUUCAUUUGAUUUUUUAGUGUUUCAACAAUUUAGUUUAUCUUUAUUAGCCACUAUUCGCCCGGUGAUGUCUACCUAGAAGGCCAAAAAUUGUUGUGGCCAGAUGUGUGCAAACCGAAGAAAGAAGGAGGGUUAGGGCAGAGAUCGCUUGAAGAAGUAAACAGAGUUUCCUGUCUGAAGUUGAUAUGGCGUAUUCUCUCCUCCAGAUCAUCACUGUAGGUUCAAUGGAUACAUAAAUAUCUCAUCAGGAAAGGUUCCUUUUGGAGCGUAAAGAAAUCAAGUUCUUUAGGCUCUUGGAUGUGGAAGAAAUUGUUAAAACUCAGACCUCUUGCCAUGCAGCUUACUCGAGUGGAAGUUUGUAACGGUUCACCGACUUCCUUCUGUAUGACAAGUGGUCUCAGUUGAGGGUGCUGAUCAAUUUAACUGGUGAAAGGGGUUGUAUAGAUCUUGGAGUCCCGAUACACGCUACGGUGGAGAGGACGGUCCAAUCUUACCGAAGAAGAAGGCACAUAACUACUGUCCUGCUGCAGGUUGAGCAGGAGAUUUUUAGGCUCAGAGCUCUAGGCCUCAGCCAGCAGGAUGAUAUGGUUCUUUGGAAAUGGGAGAAUGAUGUAUUCCGACAUGGUUCCGAGUCCUCCUAAACGUGGAACCUGAUCAGAGCACAAUCACCUCAUGUUCCAUGGUUCAAAGGGAUCUGGUUUAAAGAAGCCACUCCCAAGUUUUCCUUCCUCACGUGGUUAGCUGCACACUAUAGACUAUCGACUGGGGAUAGGAUUCUCAAGUGGAACCAUCAAGCUUUCUCUACCUGUUGGCUGUGCAAAGCAGCUACUGAAACGAGAGACCAUUUAUUUUUCGAUUGCUCUUUCUCCAAGGAAGUUUGGAUUGUAACAAUCAGAGGCCUGGCAGGUGUAGGUGUACCAGCUCAAUGGUCUGUCCUAUUGCAAAGACUGGUGACUGGUCUACAAGAUAGUACCAAAACCUUCCUCUUCCGCUACUAUUUCCAAGCGACAGCCCAUGCUAUUUGGCAUGAGAGGAACACUCGCCGGGUGGGAGAAACCAUCAAUCCCCUGCUCGCCUUCUUAGUCAUUUGGAUAAGAUGAUUAGAAACAUGAUCUCUUCCUUACGAAAGCAAGCGGAGGCUGACAUGAAAAAGCCAUGGAGAUAUGAUUUGGAAGUAGAUGAUUCUUUCAUUUUUUUUCCUUUUAAAAGUUUUUAUAAGUUUCUAUAGGCUUAUUUUCUACACAAAGUAGCAUUAGAUUGUACAAAGAUUUUUGAAAUGAAUAAAUUUAAAAUUCUUUCAAAAAAAAAAGUCAUCGUACAUCUUUUUUUCCAUUUUAAUGUAUUUGAACACUAUACUAGUCUAUCUAAGAUAACUUCAACCUUUUAUUCUACAUACAAUUUACUUUUUCAACAAUGUAAAUACACGUUUCUUUGAGUCCAAAUCGAGUAACUUAAACUCGAAGUCAUCUCACGUUAUCAAGACUCGUUCCUUUGACAUCCACAUCCAUCGUGUAUAUCUUUCAAUAACUUGCUUAUCCUUUAAAGCGAUGAUGCUAGUUAUCCAAACUGCUAAAAGAAAUCAAAACUGCACCGUAAACUGCUAAAAGGGUUCUCAUAAUUGAUAAUUCCUUUCAAGUAAAACACUAACAAUGAUUGAUAUAUGUAAAAUAUUUAUAUUCCUUCUCUCAUUUUUCUAUGAGAAUACAAGAGGGCACUAUUCAAUAGAUGAUUUGGAAUGACUUGAUAAUAUCUACACUACGUGAAAAAUCUAACGAAGGAAUGACCAAAACAUUAAAAAUUAUUAUGACGAAUGAUCAUACAAUUAUUUAGCAGAUUGUUUUUUAUUCGGUAAACCGCACUUGUAUCCAGAGCCUGUCCAAACUAUACGUCUAUUAAGUGGAUCUCCAGGCAGGAUAUGAUAAGAUUAAUUUUUAGGGGGGAAUACUACCAGAAACUAUUACACACAUAUAUAGCUUAUUUUAGUACCAAAAUAGAGUAUACAAGGAGCUUGGUUUGAAUUAUGAAGCUGUUAACCUUUUCACGUUUUCCAUUGGGAUAAUAGACCACACUUUUACUUCUGGACAUGUAAUUUUCUUGAGAAAUUUCUGGACAUGUAAUUAUUAGGACCGUAUUUGUUUGUUUGUAAACUUUAUUAGUUAUACAUCUUUCGAGUACUAGAACUUUCAACUAAUUUUCCAGUAUUUCAUUGCAUCUUCCUUUAAUGUUUUUAUCUAACGUGUAAAUGAUUUUUUUUUCUUUCUAAUGCGUAAUUUCUGUAAAGCCACCUUCAUUAUGUAUUAUUUCCUUUUUGCAAAAGUGAAUUUUCCAUCGGAUGUUUAUUUGUUCCAAAUAUACUUCUAAAGAACUCCUUCACAAGUUAAAAGUACUUUUUAACCACCGUGUAAUGUUUUGAUCAAAAAAAAAAAAAAAAAAAACCACCCUGUAAUGUUAUUUUGUUAGAGCAGGUUAUGGUUCCGUUUAAUGUGGUAUCGGUUAUGUGUUAGUAGAUAGCUUUACUUGGGGUAUAAGCCAUUGUAGAUAGAUAAGUAUCGAGAAGAUAUGGGUAGGACGAGAUCUAGUAUGUUUAGAUUCUCUUGUAUCACGUAUAGUAUUGACCAUUUAACCUAAGCCUGUAGAGAAAAGAAUUUCAAAAGAAGUUCAACAGAGAGAUUAAACAAUAACGAUGUUAAGGCAAACAGCGAGAAGGUCUCUUUUAGGGAUUUUUUCACGAAACUCUACACGAUUCCCUAUUACUUCUCGAAUGUACCAUCCAAUUGUGAUCGACCAUUUUGAUAAUCCCCGAAACGUUGGAUCAUUCGAUGAGAAUGAUUCUAACGUUGGCACUGGAGUUGUAGGAGCUCCUGCCUGUGGAGAUCUAAUGAAGCUUCAGGUUAAGUUUGAUGGUUCCGGUAAAAUCGUUGAUGCUCGAUUCAAGACCUUUGGUUGUGGCUCCGCCAUUCCCGCUUCCUCCCUUGCGACUGAAUGGGUCAAGGGAAAAUCCAUGGAGGAAGUCUUAACCAUAAAGAACUCGCAAAUCGCAAAGCAUCUAUUUUUGCCACCGGUAAAGCUACAUUGCAGUAUGCUCGCAGAAGACGCCAUCAAAGCAGCAGUUAAAGACUACCAGAAGAAGCAAGGCGAGGCUAAUGGAGAGACCUUUGAGGCCUGAUUACACCAAACCGUAUUUUGGAUCAUGAGAUGAAACUGAGGGAUGUAAUCGAAGAAGAGUUUUCAACUAAUUUUUAUGUUUGGUUGAUCUAGUUUCUAGCUGUACUUGUUAAGUGGCUCUGAUUUAAACAUAUGAGGAUAAGUUGAGUUGUUCUGACUUUUUUUUUUCAAACAAGUGGUUCCGAUUUAAAUAUCUGAGGAUGUAGUCGGCUAUUUACUCAAUUUAAAACUGUUCAUCUCCUUCCCUAUAGUUUUACAGAAUAAUUGCUGCUCUAAACGGGUAGGGUAGCCUAUGACCCCCAUUUAAAUUCUUAUUUCUAAUCACUAGGAUGUGUAUUCGUGUCUUGUUUGAGUCCUCUCCACUCCCAAAGUAUUGGAAGUACCGAAUUAAAAGGGAAAAUCAAAAGUCAUUUUGACCAUAUUUCUGGAUUCUCUAUAUAGCUCAAAUCGAAGUCAAGUUACAAAUUAUCAUAUGCAUAUGAAAGAACGGAGCAGACUAGGGAUUUUCUCUGCUGGAUUUGGAAAUAUCCUGGAAGAACAGUGGCAAGUGGAUGUAAAGCUCAACUAGAUUGGAUCCAUAACAGAUGGAUACAUUUUUGAUAGCUUCCUGGAGUGGUCUAUCUUAGCACUCUUUGCCCUUGUGUAAACCUCCACAUAGAGUUUGUUCUUCACCCUUGAGACCCUGAAGCGAGCUCGUAGUAGUGGUUACCUUCAUCAGGUGCUACAACUAUGUGAGUAGCAGUUGUAGCAGUCUUGAAACUGCUACCACCUAUUCUUCUCUUCUUCCUUAGCGGCCUAUUAAGUUAUAUCUGCAGCUACAAUUCCUCUUAAUCGCCAAGCUCAUUUCUUGGCCUUUCUUUACACCUUAUAUGUCCUUAAUUAGCUCAUCUCACCAAGCAUCUGCAGCUUCACAAAUCACCUGAAAAUAUUCAAAACUGUGGCAGAGGCAAAACUAAACCCUAGUAUUCUAAAAUGAUGGCAAUACAAGAUACUAAAUGUUGGAGAUGGAUUACAUCCUUCAAUCAUGGUCCAUCAAGUAAAUAGAGUUCGGCUCAUUUGGAUAUAGUUCGGCCGAAUUAUUUGGACUUUGAAUAAAAUGUCUUUCCAACAACCCAUCGGUAGAUUUCAUGCAUACUUUUGGUAUUUGCCGGAUUCAGAUUAAACAAUUGACGCCGUCUGUGGGGUGGUUUAGAAAGUAACGCUAAGAGAAAGAUACGCGAAUGUCAUAAUGAGGAAGAAGUAUAAACCUUUUCCUCUUGCUCAUGGUUUUGCUCAUCUAGAAAAGAUGUUGUCUUUUGAACCCAAGGACCCGCCUAUAACCCAACAUGUGUUUCACACAUCACAUUUUUUUUUAUGUUGUAAGUUUGGUUGUGUACUCAGAACUAAAUUUGUGGUUUUAUUUUGCUACUUCAGGCACUUGUAGACCUGUACUUUAGAGAUACUCUGCCACAAAGUUGGAAUUUCAGUUUCUGAGGCAGAUGAUCACAAAUGAUGCAGGGAAGCUCAUGGAAUCUGAUCUACAUCAGAUUUUUUUAAGCCAAAUGGUGGUGAGCAUACCUGUUUUUUUUGUCUCUCAGAUUCUCUCACAUAUACACACAAGUUAACUUGGGAAGUUUUCACACUGUGAUUUUUUUAUCAGGGUUCAGAGGAUUCUUAUAAGGGUUUGCUUCUGAUUUUUGUUAUGAACUGGUUACAAAGAUGUCAAUUCAUGUUUUACUGGUUCGGGUUCUAGGCUAAUUAAGGGGUCAUUAAGGUUUAAGGGAAUUUAUUAGGACUGUGCUUAUGACUUGUCUGAUUAUAGUUUACAAGAUUUUUUUUAUAUUCCUGAUAAUCCAAAAAUAAGCAUGAUAAAUUAUUAUUUAUAAUAUUAUAAAACAUUUUUUUUUAUAUAUAAAAUGUAAUUAUUAAUAAAAUUAAAAAUUUAAUAUAUUUUAAAAAUAAAGACCCAGUGCCGGAUAUCCGAACUAAAAAAUCAAGAUAUCCAGAUCCGGAUCCGGUUUUGAUAGAUUUGAGAUUUUACUAUCCAGAUCCGGACACCCAAAUAUUCUAACGGAUCCAGAGCGGAUCUCAGAUUAUAUCUGGAUCCCAAAUAAUAAGAAGUAUACCAAAGAGGUAACUUGUAUUAUAAGUUUAAAGUUUCAUAGUAGGUAUAUUUUGAUGCUAAUUUAUAUUUAUAUAUAAAUUGUGGAUACAUCUGUUCUUUUUUCAACUGAAAUAUAUCUAUAUUAUUAAAACUGAAGUACACUUUAGUAAUGUUUAGAAACAUGAAUAGUAGUAUACCUGAGAAUUGUUUGGAAACGAAGAUAGCAGUAUUUCAUUAAUUGUAUUUCCAUAUUUCACUCAUAUUAACAAAUUUAUUAAUUAUAUUAACUUAACAAUAUUUCACAUCAUUAAUUAUGUAUAUUUCUAUCAAUAAUAAUAUAUAUUUUUAUUUAGUAUUUAAUCAAUAUUAAUUUUGUGCCAAUUAUAAAAUAAAAAGUAAAAUAACUGAGUUUUACAUAAGGUUAAACGUUUGGUUUAGUUUGUUUUAUUAAAAUUUUUUUUUAAUUUCAAUCGGUGGAAAAUUACGUAGCCAAAAACAUAAUUCAAAGACAUGUUUUGUGAUUAAAAUGAUAACUUAAAUCAAAAUAAUAAAAAUGAAUUAUAUUUAUUGUCACUUAAUUUUUUACUCAAUAUAAUUGUUUUACUAAAUAAAAAAAUCUUUCUAUUUCAAUUAAUUUAGCAAAACACAUAGAAAAUGUCUUUUUUAUUAGUUUAUAAAAUCAGUUAGGCAUGAACACUAGAUAUCCACUUAGGUACGAGCUGUUCCUUUCAAGUAUCUUUUUUUUUUUGUUUUAAAAUUACUCCCUCCUUAAAUAUUAUAAAUUUAUGUGUAGGUUUUGAGUUGAGUUUUUUUGAGUCUCGAUAAGUUUGGUUAUGUGUAUAUGACCCUAAAAAAAUAUCUAAAUAACCAAUGUAUUUGAAAUUAGUUUGGAUAUUUGUAUCCAAAAAUAACCAUAUUAUCCGAUUCGAUUCAGAUCUUUUGAAUACAAUUUAGUUAUAUUACGACAUAUCUAAAAUAUAAAACACUAAUUAUGAAAAACAAAUAUUAAUGUAUAAAAAUAUAAGUAUAGUGUUAUUUUAGUAAUUUCAUUAAUUAUAUUACUUUAGCACUACAUCACAUCAUUAAUUAUAUUUACCGUAACAAUACAUCAAAUCAUUAAUUAUAAUAUACCAUAAAAGUAAUAAUGUAGAUUUUUUAUUUAUUAGUUAAUCAAUAUUAACUUUGUGCAAUUAUAGAAAACAAAAAUGUAAAAUAACCGAGUUUUGCAUAUGGUUAAUAGUUUGGUUUAAUCUGUUUUACUAUAACUUUCUUUUGUCUUAGUUCCAAUUGGUGAAAAAUUACAUAGUCAAACAAAUAAUUCAAAGGCGGCAUAGUUUAUGUGAACAAAAUAAAAAUUUAAAUCAAAAAAAUUAAAAAGUAUUAUAUUUACUGUCACUUAAUGUUUCACUUCAUAUAACUAUUUUACUAAAUAAAAAAUUCUUUCUAUUUUUCUUAUUUUUGGCAAAUAUAUAGAAAUAGUUUUCUUUUUAAUUUAUUUACAGAAUCAAUUAAGUAUGGUCAUUCGGAUACUCAUUGAGGUACAAAUUGUUUCUUUUGGAAUUAUUUUUUUUGGAUUUUGAAAUUAGGCGCCACUUGGAUAUUAUAAAUUUAUGAAUGAUGUAUGAGUUGGGUCCUCCCGGGUCUGAAUGAUUUUGAUUCUGAUGUGUAGAAACAUAAAAAUAUCUAAAUAACCAAUGUAUCUGAAAGGGAUUCGUAUAUUUGUACCAAAAAUAAUCUUAUUACCGAUUCAGUCUAAAUUUUUUAAAUACAAUUAGUUAUACGAUGACACAUCUUAAAUAUAUAACACUAAUUAAUUAUAAAAUAACAAACAAAAAUUUACAAAACCGUAAAAGUUAAAACCCGCACGGGCGUGCAGGUCAAACUCUAGUUAAUUAGUAAAGGGGAAUACAAAUAAUGUUGAAGCCAUAUUGGCGGUACAAUAAACAUCUGUUAUCUUUUUGUUUACCACUUCUGUUUAUUAUUUGUUUCUCUUUAUUCAAUUUUUUUUCUUGCAAUUUAAUUCCUGACAUAAAAUUUUGUUCAAUUUCCAUCAGUCACCAAAUGAAGCCAGUAGUCAUGUGGUUAAACAUCUUUUUGUUUAAUUAAAUUACCAAGAGAAGAACUGGUACUAACUGAUUUAGGAAAUUUUCAGCUUUUUUUUUGUAACUAAAUUUACAGCAUGUUAAUGCAUCCUUUGUUAGAAAGUGAGCCCAAUCUUGUAGUCAUACCAAAACCAAAUUAACAUAAUUAUAAUGUCGGUAGUUUUUCACAAGUAUGACAGGAUUAGGAAGUUUUACAAAUCCUCAUUAUGUUAUGUUUGAGUCUUAGGUUUGACUAUAAACUAGGUGCUUUCUUGCACAAUGUGCAGAAAUAAAAGUUUUAAAAUUUAAAUUAUAUUUAAAAUAAUAUUUUGUUAAUUUAAAUUUUAUAAUUUGCUUACAAUAUUUAAUUAUUAUUUUAAUUUAAUUAGAUGUAAAAAAUAAUAUAAAUAAAUAAUUUUUCCUUUAAACAAAAAUUUAUUUAUAAAUUUCACAUUAUAAUUUUGGAAAGAUUUUUUAUCUAUUUCUUUUGGUUAAAAAUAUAAUAAAUCAAAUGCUAUAAAUUAAGACAAUUUUUUAGGUAUAUAAUUAUCAACACAAAUUUCUAAAAUUUGUAGAUAUUACAAAGAAGCUAAUGGUAUUGGGAUGAUAAAAAUACAUAUUAAAAAAAAAAACUGCAUAAAAUUUUAAAGAAUAUUCUAGUAACAAAAUUAUACAAUUAUAAAAUGUAACAAUAUAAUAUUUUAAAAAUUGUAAAAUAUUAUUAUAUUUCUAUUUCUAAUAUUAUAUUAUUUAUAAUAAUAUUAAUGAUAAUCAAUAAGUUAAUACCACAUUUAUUGUUAUAUUAAUUAUGAUCUAAAAAUUAUUUCCAUAUUUUAAAAAACUUACCAAAAAUAUAAAUCAACAUUAAAUGUAAAUGUCCAUGUCACAAUUUGCUUCAAGUCAUGUUAUCAUUGUUAGUGUGCCAUGUCAUAUUUAUGUCAUAUUUUAUCUUUCAAAUUUAAUAUGGUGAUGUCACAUGACAAAUCAAAUCAGUUCAGUUCUCAAUUAAUGUCUAGGAGAUAGGGAGCUAUGUCAUUGAGAAUAAAUAUCCGAGAGAGAAACGAGCACGAGAGAGAGGGGUCAAGUUAGGCUUUGAUAAGAGUUGUCUUGUGAUCUAUUUUUUGUUCUUGAGAAACCUUUUAAAGUUAAUAAAACUAAGAUAAAGUGAAUGGUAUUCGUUUGAUCUUUGAGUUCUAUAAAGCACAAAGUUGAAGUAAAAACUCAACAUCCUUUAUUCAUAAAAUAUUGGAAAGGAAUUGGUAAAAGUAAGUAGUAAUUUUGACCAUCUAGGCUCUACCUGUAGGCAUGUGGACUCAAACAAACAAAGAGCUUUUCUCGAAUGGAUUUGUAAAGCUUUUGAAAGAACAGCAAGCCGAUGUACUCCUAAAGGCAUGUGACGGUGAUGAGAAGGUAGUUAUUUAUGCCCAUAAGAUUAUUCCGCUUGUUACUUCUUCUUCUUCUAUACUCCUUUUUCUUUUACAUAAAAUGAUUUCAUUAUUAAUGUUUUUUCAUUGACAUAUAUAUGUGGAACUUGUAUAGUCUGCAAGAUCAGAGGCGUUUAAGAAAAUUUUUGAAUCAGACAAUUUUAAGGAUUCGUCCAGGCUGGAAACAACCACUCUCUCAGAGCAGGAAUAAGAAGAAUUAGAAGCUCUCGCGCGUUGAGUUCAUUUCAAAGAAAGCAAAGCAACAUGUUAGGUCAAUUUAUCGUGCAGCCGACAAAUAUGAGAUUCCGCAUCUACGUGACCUAUGCAGAAACGAGCUUAUGUCAUCUCUUGGCUCUUCGAAUGCUCUUCAACUUCUUGUGCUCGCCCAAAUCCCAUUUGAAAAUGCUCUCAGUGAUGCUGCCUUCAACGUUAUCAAAGCCCAGAAAUUUAAGAUUUCUAACUCUAGUUCGAGGGUUUCAUCGUCGAUCACCCAAAUCUUACCGUGGAGAUAAUGAAGGCUAUAUCGCCGACUAGUGACUAUUGAGGUCAUUGUCGUCGCUAUUGACAGUAAUGUGUUUAUUUGGUUAAUUAUUAUCAGAUUUAAUUGGAUCACACCUCUUUUGUUUCUCAAGCUUGCAAACAUUUUUUUAAUUGUUUUAGUUUUCUGAUUCGUUUUCUUUUUAGAUAAACUAAUGAUGCAAAGUUUUCUGUAUAACUGCAAGAUCAAUAUGUUUAAGAAGAUGUUUGAAUUAGAUAAAUGCAACACUUCGCCCAGGAUCGAGACAAUCACUCUCUCGGACCUGAAACAAGAGGAGUUAGAGGUUUUGUUAAUUUCAUCUAUAGCAAUGGCUCAAUGGUUUGAGAGAAAGGGAAGAAACAUGUGUGAUCACUUUAUCGUGCAACCAACAAAUAUGAGCUCAUCUACAUGACGUACGAAGAUGUCUGAUCAAAGCAGAGAUGAAAUAGUUCAUGAAGUGCGACAUCAAAUUCUACACAGAAGAAGGUUUGACGUGGGUGCACCUUAAGGGAAAUAUUGGAGAAAAAGCAAUCAAUCUUACACAAUAAGAGAGAUUGACUUAUUCACUGAAUAACACAAAAUGAAAGUUUCUAUUUGUAGAUCUUUUGAUCUAAGUUUUUCCUCUAUAAUACAAAGAAGGUGUGGGCAUCGAAUGUGCCUGUUAACUCACAUAUAGAGCUUUUUAGCUGAGAGAGUCCUUGUAAGGUGAAGCAAAACACUAAGGGGUUUGAAGCGUAAGUGGUUCAAAAAACUUAGUACAAGUCUUUGAACAUGAGUAACUAGUUCAGCAAGACAAAGUUUAUCUUGAACUUGGUGAAGAAUUGCUUUUAAGUGAAACUUGUAUGUGCAUUUAAAAAAAUCAAUCUAGUCGUAUUACUUAAAAAUAAUUUACUUUGUGUUAUUUUUAUUCUAUCUCUUGUAGCAGAUAACUCUCACAUUUAUAAUUGGUAUCAGAGCGGGUGCUGGUGUUUUCUAAAUAGGUAAGAAUCAUGCGGAACAAAUGGAAAUCUAUCAAGAAUUGGUAUCAAAUUCAAAAGUGAUUUUCUGGGAGCUAAGGUUUUGGGAAAGCUCGGAUGAAAUAUACAAUCAAAAGUAUUGAUCCACUCGCAUGGGAAGAAGUGGAAUCUGGAUGGAAUCAACUAGCAGCCAGAGAGGUGAAGAUGUAAAUGAUGUAGCCAAAUCAGAGGAGUUCUGAACAUAUGAUGAAACCAAAAUGGUGAAAUACAAGGUAAAAGCUCUCACGGCUAAUCACUGUAGUGUAGCACGGAAACAAUUUGAAUUGAAGUUUGUAACUGGUUCAUGUUCAUAUAUUUAGGAUGUGAAGCAGCGAAAAAUGCAUGGGACAUUCUCCAGAGGCAUUUUGAAGGAAUGGAAAACAUUUGAGUUUCAGAAGAGACUUGCUAGACAACUCGUUUGGAAGAUCUGAAAAUAUAUGAAGAUGAACCAGUUGUAAACUUCACCUCCAAGCUCAGCUCACUGGCACAAAAAACUCUCACUCUUGGAAAGAAAGACAAGGAGAAGAGACUAGUGAAGAAACUAUUUAGAUGUCUACCAUCUAAAUUCAUGUCUGAUAUGAAUGGAUCUACAUGUAGAUUUAUAGUGUGAGUAUUUGUUUGUGUGUUACUUUUCAGAUUUAAAAUUUUUGAUAAGUUUUCUAAUUUAUGUUGUGGUGUUUUUUUUUUUAAAUGUAGUGAGUUAAUGAAUCAUGAGCUAUUUUAAAGUAUGGUACUUGAAUGAUAUGUGGACCUCCUAGAAGUAUGCAUUGUAUCUAAGUUUUUUCGGACAACUAAAAAACUUUUUUUUUAACUAA